AUGUGGGAAAGAGGGACAUUGCACAUCUGCAUGCCCAAGGAAGAGAUCCGAGGAGCGGCCAGGGAAGUCAUCCGGCAAGUCUCCUUCGGGACCGAGAAAGGCACAACCACAGUACAGAUGCUGGAGCUGCUAGAAGGGCUGCCUGAGCAAUAUCAAGACUUCGCAGAUGUGUUUGGAGAAAAGGAGGCAGAUCGUUUGCUGCCUCACCGAAAGACGGACUGUGCCAUUGAAUUUCUGCCCAAUGAGAUCAACCAGGAUUCCCACCUCUUGCCCAACAUCACCCUGGGUUACAAUAUCUAUGAAAGUUAUUUCAGUGCACAAAUGACUUCGGAUGCUCUGCUGGACCUGCUUUCGGACGGGGAGGCCAACGUUCCCAACUAUAGCUGUGGAAGGCAGAGGAACACAGUGGCUGUUCUUGAGGGGGCCGAAACUGACAUCUCCAUCCUCAUUUCUACCAUGUUGGACACCUACAAAAUCCCUCAGACAUCCUUUGUGUGCUCCUACACCAAGGAUGCCUUUUCGGUGAAAGUCUGGAGACGGUGCAGAGAGAGAGAAGAACGAGACAGUUUGCCUCAGGAGAUAACUGAUCGGAUCCUGUCUCUGGACAACUACUUCACUCACAACACCAUCUGGGCUGUGGCCCGGGCCUUACAUGCAGCCUAUUUAUCCAGAUCCAAGAGGACAAGGAUCAAAGUUGGGAAGAACCUGGAAACUCCAAGGCUGAAGGCUUGGCAGCUUCAUUCCUUCCUGCAAUAUUCUCAGUUUUACAAUAAUUCCAUAGAAGGGGUGUAUCUGGAUGAGAAGGGAGACCUGGCAUCAGACCUGGACCUUGUGAACUGGCUGAUUUUCUCCAAUAUGUCUGUUAACAAAGUGAGGUUUGAUGCAGAAAAAUGCACCAAAUGUCCAAAAGAUCAAUAUUCCAACAUCCAUCAGGAUCACUGUAUAGACAAGAUUGUGACGUUCCUAUCCUAUCAAGAAAAUCUGGGGAUCAUCCUGGCUGGCCUUGCCUUGAUCCUCUCUUUAAUCACAGGCUUUGUCUUGGGAAUCUUCAUUAAAUUCCAAGAAACACCGAUUGUGAAAGCCAACAACCGGGAUCUCUCCUAUAUCCUCCUUGUAUCACUUCUGCUUUCCUUCUUGACCUCUUUCCUCUUCAUUGGCCAGCCAAGGAGAGCCACCUGCCUUCUCCGACAAACAGCCUUCAGCAUUGUUUUCUCACUCGCUGUCUCUUCUGUCUUGGCCAAAACAGUCACAGUGGUGUUAGCUUUCUUGGCUACAAAACCAGGGAAUAAAGUGCAGAGAUGGCUGGGGAAGAGCCUGGCUAACUCCAUCAUCCUUUGUUGCUUAGGCAUCCAAGUUGUCCUCUGCAGCAUCUGGUUGGACACUUCUCCCCCAUUCCCUGACUCUGACAUGCACUCCCAGCCUGGAAAGAUCAUCCUGCAAUGCAACGAAGGCUCUGUCGCCAUGUUUUAUGGAGCUCUCGGCUACAUGGGCUUCCUGGCUGCUGUCUGCUUCAUGGUGGCUUUCCUGGCCAGGAACCUCCCUGGGGCCUUCAACGAAGCCAAGCUGAUCACCUUCAGCAUGCUGGUCUUCUGCAGUGUCUGGCUCUCCUUUGUGCCCAGCUACCUAAGCACUAAGGGCAAGUAUAUGGUGGCUGUGCAGGUCUUCUCCAUCUUGGCCUCCAGUGCUGGCCUGCUGGGCUGCAUCUUCAUCCCCAAGUGCUACAUCAUUCUUGUAAGACCAGAUCUGAAUACAAAAGAACACUUGAUGUCAAAAUAA